UUCAUUUGGUUUGGAGGUGUCUCAUGGCGGUUUUUCCGAGGAAUCUCGAGUUUCUUUGGGUUUAUCAAUGAAAUAACUGUCACAGUGGGAAAUCUUAAGUCGAGGAAUAGAGGGAAUCGAGGGAAUUUCACAAAAAUGGUGGGACCUGGCGUGCCAUUGUGACUAGCAGCUCCGCUCAAGAACUUCACUCAUUCCAGAAGUGGAAAUAGGUGCACGAAUAACGAAUUUGAGAAGGCUAAUACUGACCUGGCAACGCUUUGUAAGGUAUAUCCUGUGAGCCCUGUGACAGGGCCAGGAGCAGCGCGUUCCGUAUGGGAACUAAGUCCAGAUCCCGACAUGGUCGGGCAUCUACCCAACAAUCCCAUAUCCCAUAACAAUGCGCAUACCUCUAGUUUGACGAAGAACCAUGGAGCUAGAGGAAGAAAUGCUCCAGACGAAAACAUCUACGCCGAAGAGGCGACACCCGGUCAAGGGCCCACGGAUGAAACGAAGAUAAUCUUCGAACUCCUGAGAGCAGGAAACACAGAAACAGUAGAGGAAAUGGUGGAAAAAAAUGGUCUGAGUAUAUUGAGUGCCAGAGACAAAUGGGGAUAUACACCAGCGCAUUGGGCUGCCCUCGAUGGAAACGUUGAAGUAAUGCGAUAUCUAGUUGAGCGUAAUGGACCAGUAGAUCUCUCCUGCCUCGGUACUCAGGGUCCAAAACCAAUCCACUGGGCAUGUAGAAAAGGCCACAGUGCAAUCGUUCAAACACUAUUAAAGGCAGGUGUAGCUGUGAACGCAGCAGACUUCAAAGGCCUAACACCCCUGAUGACAGCCUGCAUGUUUGGAAAAUUUGCAACAGCUGCAUUUCUCCUUGGCUCUGGAGCUCAAGGUCACUUAACUGAUAUCAAUGGAGAUACAGCAUUGCAUUGGGCAGCCUACAAGGGACAUCCCGAGCUGAUAAGACUCCUGAUGUACAGUGGAGUUGAUCUCCAAAAGCCCGACUAUUUCGGCUCAACUCCUCUCCAUCUCGCCUGUCUCUCUGGAAACGUGAGUUGCGUAAAAAUUCUCUGUGAAAAGAGUAAAAUAGAAUUGGGGCCAAAAGACAAGAACGGUAAAACUCCACUCCAACUGGCGAAGAGCCAUCGACAUUCUGAAGUUGUUGCCAUUCUUGAGAACGAACAGAAACGACGAGCAAGAUGGGUACCACCAAUCAAUGAACUUUGGGCACUGCUGUUCGGUGGAGCCGGAAAUAGCAAGGGCCCUCUCCUACUUUUCAUGGGAUCAGUUCUACUCUGGGGCUAUCCCAUGUAUCUGUUAAAAUGCAUUCCAAUCACUUGGAAUUUACUUAGAGGGAGUCAUUACUGUUUCAUUUACUGGAAUAUUCUCAUGUGGAUAUCGUGGAUUGUUGCUAAUAGACGAGAUCCUGGUUAUGUGCCUCAAAAUACUGACACUUAUUACAGAGCUAUUAAACAGAUUCCUUACUUCGACAAGUGGAAAAAGAGAAAUGUUAUUUUAUCUCGGUUAUGCCAUAGUUGUAGAUGCUUCAGGCCAUUGAGAGCCAAACACUGUAGAAUUUGCAAUCGUUGUGUUUCAUAUUUUGAUCAUCACUGUCCGUUUAUUUAUAAUUGCGUUGGUCUUCGAAACAGAAUGUGGUUUUUUCUGUUUGUUAUGUGCAUUGCAAUAAAUUGUACCUUCACUCUGUACUUCGCUUGCUAUUGCAUCGCAAUUGAGGGAUUGCAGUUGAUGUACGUGUUGGGUCUGAUGGAGGCGCUUGUUUUUUGCGGACUCGGUUGGAUACUAACAUGCACAUCAGUAUUACACGCCUGCAUGAAUUUGACGACUAAUGAGAUGUUUAAUUACAAGAGAUACUCGUAUUUGAGGGACAAAAGGGGAAGAUAUCUCAAUCCUUUUAGUAGAGGACCAGUGCUCAAUUUCAUUGAAUUCUUUCUUUAUCCGCCAGAUCAUCAUGCGACAGAUCCACAGCAUUAUCACAUACUUUCCGAGGAAGUUAUGUAAAUUUUGUCAGCGAUGAAAAUAGAGCGCAAGGGAUUUUUUUCCGAUCGCACGUAUCAAUUUGUAGUUAUAUAAAAACGAAAUAAUUCAUCAAAGAAAGUGUAAAAUCCUAUAACUAGAUUUUCAGGGAUAAAAAAUGUCUGAGGACGUGUAAAAAAAUCUUUAUCUGAAAUAAAAUUGUUGCGUUCAGUGACAUAAUAAAUCAGUACAUAACAAACGAUUAGAACUUGGUCAGAGAAAUUAGUAUGUACGUGUAUAUUUCAUAAAUUCGAUUAGAUAAAUAGGUAUUACAAGUCUCAUUCGUAUUAAUUACUUUACUACAUUUGGCCGAAGUUAUUUGAUUAUUUUAAAAACACGAAGUAUACAAUUUCACCGUUCAGUAAAAAAAUUCACGAGAUUAAUACGCAGUUUCUUAAUCUAAGAAUUGGCUCUGAAAAUUUUAGAAUAAAUUAUAAUCAAGUGA